UCAAUUCCGGAAGGUUCAAUCGAGCAUCCCCAUUACUUCCUCCUUCCAUGGUACUAUGUGUAUACCACACAAAUAUAAUCAACAGAUUUUUCUUGGUUAAAACUAAUAUUAAUAAAACACUCGAGAUCAGCUCCUCCACCCCAACCUAGACAUGGAAUAUCAACUUCAACUUUUUUAUUUGCAUAUUAAUAUUAGACUACGUCCAUUAAUUACGAACAAUAUAUGAUAAUAUAUGUGAGCAAAACAUAGGCCUACACCUGCGCAUAGUGGUUUUACUUUUAGGAGGGCGUAGCUCAUUUUGCCUGUGAUAAAGCAUAUGAAAUGAUAUAGAAACCUGCAGCUUUUACAAGACGGACUUGUAUAGUUUAUCAUCUUAUUUUAUGCAAACUGGAUUUUCGUUAAACAAUAACAAUUAUCUAAUUCUGUCUGACACUGUUGGGUCCAUAAAGAGAUUUAUUUGAUUUUAUGCUUCGUUAAGUCCUUCACCUAAAAAGUAGUAUCAGCGAUACAGUCAUACAUUUUAUAUCGAUAGGAACUAUCUACUUUACCAUAAGUAUACACAACACGCAAAGCCGACGGAACUAAGCACAAAUAUGGAUCAACUGGUUGAAAGUAACAUAAAGUUUGGUCUGGAUAUCUUGAAGACAAUAGCUUCCAAUAAACCAACUGAAAACCUUUUUGUCUCACCUUUUAGUAUUCAGACUGCCAUGGCCAUGCUACAUCUUGGUACCAGGAAUAAUUCUAAAGCAGAAGUAGAGAAGGUUUUAUAUUUUGAUUUUGAUUCUGUUCAUGGUUCUCUAGGAGAAUAUUUACAAAUAUUGAAUCAAAAACAAUCAUCAUAUGCCUUGUCUUCAGCUAAUCGAGUUUUUAUUAAUAAUAAAUAUAAAUUUCUAGAAGAAUAUCUUCAGACAUUACAAGCUACAUACAAGGCUGAGGCUCAAACCUGUGAUUUUAUUAGCAAUGCUGAAGGAGAGAAAGAGAAAAUAAAUAAAUGGGUGGAAGGAGAAACAAAUUCUAAAAUAAAAGAUUUAAUUCCUUCUGGUGUGUUGAAUCCAUUGACGGCCAUGGUUUUAGUUAAUGCUAUUUAUUUUAAAGGAAACUGGGAAAAUCAGUUUGAAGUUAGAAACACGUUACCACGAAUGUUUCGGGUUGAUUCUUCUAAACAUGUUGAAGUUCUAAUGAUGACAAUGGAGAAAAAGUUUAAAUUCGGACAAAGUGAUGACCUCGACUGCAGCAUUCUUGAGUUACCUUACGUAAAGAAAGACUUGAGUAUGGUUCUUUUACUGCCACAGAAAAUUGAUGGUGUGACGUCAUUGGUGAAUAAUUUAACACCUAGUAAACUGAGCAAAUUAAUGAAAGAAAUGAAGGAAGUUAAAGUGGAUAUUGCUCUACCUAAAUUUAAACUUGAAGCUGAUUUAAACCUGAAAGAAGUUCUGAUAAAUCUGGGUUUAUCUGAUAUAUUUGAUACAAGUAAAGCUGAUCUGUCAGGAAUUGAUGGCACCAGAGAGCUGUAUGUAUCGGAUGCCAUUCACAAAGCUUUUGUAGAAGUUAAUGAAGAAGGUACUGAAGCAGCUGCUGCUACUGUCAUGGUUAUGCAAUUAUUGUGUUUGGAAAUUUUACCUAAAUUCCACGCUGACCAUCCUUUUCUAUUCUUUAUUAGAGACAACAGAAAGGACAUGAUUCUAUUUUGGGGGAAACUACAAACUCCGGAUGGUCCUCUUGUUAAUACCCCAAAUGAAGAAAUUUAAAUAUUACAUCUGACAUAGCAGCUAGACCAUUUUCUUGAUUUGUUUUUACACAUUAAAAUCAUAAAGCUUCAUUGGUAUUUUCCUAAAAUAUCAAAUUUUUCACGCGGUCUUAAUCCAAGCUACUAUUAUUUAACAUUUGAUUCGGAAAAAAAAAUUUAAAAUUCCAAUGUUCGAUAAUGUUUCGGAUUGGAAAUAAAAAACAGGUCUAUCAAUAAAUUUUUCGCGGACAACAAAUGGCAGUGGGCUUAUUACAUAACGAACAGCGUAGAUCGCAGACAUUUCAAUUCUACAUAUCUUUGUAAAUACUGAACUGUUGGGCCAUUGAACAUUGGACCGUUUUGGGACCAUAUUCCUGUUAGAAAUUCAUCUUUCACUAUAUCGCUGUUUGCAAGUGAUUCAUAUAGGGUCACAAUGACGCACCGAGGCUUCAAAGGAAUAUUACAAAGUUUUAAACAUAAAGGGGAUAUUUUGUUUGCUGUAAAUGUGAAUCAUACUAUCUCAUUUAAAUUCAUUAAUUGAAACAGUAGUUUUAUCAUCCUUAAUUCCCGCAAACGUGAAAUUGAUAUGAGUCACUUGUUGAUAUUCCAAAUGAAGAACUUUAAAAAAUACAAAUAUUAAGUUGGGUAAUUUUCUUUGAUUUGUUUUAACAAAGGAGAUAUAUUCGAUAUAUUGCAUAUUAUACAUUUUACACAUAAAGGGGAUAUAUUCGAUAUAUUAUUGCAUUUUACACAUAAAGGGGAUGUAUUCGAUAUAUUGCAUAUACACAUUUUACGUAUAGACGGGAUGUAUUGCAUAUUACACAUUUUACGUAUUGCAUAUUACACAUUUUACGUAUAGACGGGAUAUAUUGUAUAUUACAUAUUUUUUAAUAUUAAGGGAAUAUAUUCGAUAUAUUGCAUAAUAUACAUUUUAUACAUAUGCCUAUUACAAGGACAUUGAUUUGAGCAUGUGAAUAAUUAUGUGACAACCUUUUUUUUAUUAAUAAAAUACAUAUAACAAAUAUAUAUAUUUUAACAUAAAUAAUCUAACAUAAGUUUAGAGAGAGGGUGAAAAAUAGGGUUUGAUGUCCAUUCGACACAAACUAGGUCUUUUUGUGACUAACAUCGUUCAAUUUUAUUUUAAUAAUUCGCUUGCGCGUCUUUAGCAAGGGGCGAAUUUUUUUAUGGUCGACUAUUUUUUCACUGGGGGGUGGGGGGGGGGUGGAAACUUUUUGCAGGGGGCCUUUUAACAUAUGAUGACAUUUCGAUCACUGUUAUUUUAUUUGCCUGUUUGUUUUUACUUUUAGUUACUUAAUGUUUUCUUAUUUGCUUAUUUUAAACGAUUUAUAUCGUGAUUGCUAACAUAUUAAAGAACAUGUAAUAGUAAAGUGUUAUUGUUAGUACGCUUCAAAUUUUUAUAUUUUUUUUAUCUUUGUUACUUACAUGUAUUUAUUUUUUAUCUUCGAAUGUAGACGAUUUAUCAUUCUUGUUGUGUCUCGUAGGCCUUAAAGGCCGGAUAUUAUACAUUUAUAUUCUUUUUUUAAGAUCGUAUUGUUAUUGCUACAAUGUGUGACACAUAAAUAAAACAAUUCUUCUUCUU